CAUCUGAGGGUGAAAUGAGAACAAAGCCUAAUAGUGUAUGAAUAUUUCCAGUUUGUUUUUCAUUUUCCGCUGUUGUGGGGCGGACUCACUGACAGUUCACACUGGCUGAAUGACGAAUACUUAAAGUAAACUCUGAGCCAGAGGAGAGAGCAGGAACACCGGGCAGUUCUGUCGAAGGGUCAUGAGGACUCGAAACGUCAACUCUUUUCUUCUCCGCCGAUGCUGCCAGACCUGCUGAGUUUUUCCAGGUAAUUCUGUUUUUGCCUCAGCACUAGGCCAGCUAUCUGCUUGUUUCAUGGAGAGGGUGUGGGGCGGAUGGAAGCGGCGCUGCCUCAUUGUUGGGAGCUGGGGUGAAGUCAGUGAGCUAUUUCAAGCCGGUUAAAGUCGUUUAAAUGGGAUGCGGCCGGGAUGUUUAACUAAUGGAGCCCAACUUACUCCAAGCGGCCGACAUGACGCAUUUACACUGGACACAACAGCUGGAGGCUGGAGCCGAAUAUUCAGAACCGGAGAACCAAAUAUAACAAACAGGUGACGUACGAACAUGGGGGAGGGUUGGGUCUGAAUCUUAUUUGCCAAUUCCGCUUCUUUGCGGCACAGAAAGCAGAUGCUGCGCUCGGUAUUUGAGCUCGAUCUGCCUGCUCUGUACAAACCAUGUUCACCGCUGGAAAAUGGCAACGGAUUAAGUCCUGGUAUCGUGGGCCUGAAGAUUUCUACCCCCUGAAACACGUCAGCCACAAGGAAUGGGGCAGAGGCUUCACCCUGCCAGACUCCGCUCUACCUUCCAUGGACAUCGAUGCUCCCAAAGAUGGCGAGCGGACUGAGUUCCCCAUCACCAAUCUCAUCCAUGUCACCGACUCCAACGGAGUCCGAGGCAUCCUCGACCAGCAGUGCUUGAAAGAAGCGAAGCUGAAGCAGAUUGGAGAAGACCUGAGGGUUCCCUUCUCCUGGUGGACCGUCCGAGUGGACCAGGAAGAAGUGGAGAGGGAGAGGGAGGUGAGGAGAAUCGCAGUGGAAACACUGCUCAAGCAAACCAUCCAAGACCCAUCAGCCCACGACGUGGGAAUGUUGCGGGACUCCCUGCUGGAGCAGUUUGUCAGCUCUCCCGCUUUCCUGGAAGUGUCCAAUUACGGGAAUUUCAAGUUCACCUACAAGAUCAACGCUCUAAUAGCUGAAUAUAAAAAAUCCGUCUGUCAAGGGAACGAUCCUGAGUUCAGAGUGUUGGGAACUUUCAGAUAUGACACUGAAAUCAUGCUCACUGUGGCUGUGCACCCUCCCGGGGUCGAGAUAUUCCAGGAAUGUCCUCUCCUCCCUUCCCCAGUGAUAUCCCAGGAAGGUGCCGAAUGGAAAUGGAAACCAGAGUCAACAGGUUCACAGAUCCGAGUGCUCAGGCAGGAUGGCGAUGGGGGCUGGAGAGUGGAUGACUGUUCCCCAGACUGUCGGCGGUGGGAAUUUGUGAGUUUUGCUUUCUACCUGCCCGAGGAGAAACCCGAGUUCCCGGUCCCUCUGGAGCUCAAACACCUCAGUGUCUGCGAAAUGGAGAAGAGUCAACGAUUUCGGCCGCCUCACACCUACAUGAGCCUGGACGAAGCGGAGAAGUUCUACGCGGGUUUGUGAUGACAGAGCCCUGUAAAAGAGUCAGUCCGCAAGGAGAAUGCAGCUUUCCUCAACCUGGAUGGAAGUCUUGGUCUGAACUUGCUGAGUCACGGGGAAUCAGCCGAGCAGGAGGUCAGGGAGGUGGAUGGAUGCUGGAGUCGGGGGUCACCUGUUCACUGAAGAGCCCUUAGAGCUACUGACUGAAGCUGAGGAUGGUCCUGGGCUGGAUGAGGAGGAAGCCAAGGUGCUGCGUGCACCAGUCUAAUUGGAACAGGAAUCUCACUGUUAGUCUAUCAAUCCUAUUGUUGCUGUUUUCUGAUGAUCUGAGAUUUGCCCUGGAUAUUAAUGUUAAAGUGCCAGAGCCUGAAAGGUAGAAAGUGUUUUUAUAUCCGUAAAAAAAAACUUUCUGUCUGUGCGGGCUCUGUCCAAUCCCCUUUCACUUUCUAGAAAUGUGACCAAAAGUAAUGUUGCAUGUCAGACAUUUAAUGAGCAAUGAGGACAACUGUGACUCUGUUAAACCCCGGGUUGAGUUGAUCGAUUAUGGGUUAAUUCAAUGUUUAUUUUUGUUUUGAGGGACUGAAAUAAAAACUUCAAACUGG